AUGAAGAAAGAAGAAGAAGAAGCCGGGGUGGGGUCCGCCAAGACGUACACGGCCCUCGCGCUUCAGACAAUCUCCAAGCAGUUUCGCUGCCUUAAGGACGCGAUUUUAGGACAAAUAAAGGCCGCCAGCAAAAGCCUGGGAGAGGACGACAACAUGGACGGCAAAUUGGAAGGGUCUCGGCUGAAAUACGUGGAUAACCAGAUAAGGCAGCAGAGGGCCCUUCAGCAGCUGGGUAUGAUACAGCACAACGCGUGGAGGCCACAGAGAGGGCUGCCCGAGAGAUCAGUUUCCGUGCUUCGGGCAUGGCUUUUCGAACACUUUCUCCACCCGUAUCCCAAGGAUUCGGAUAAACUGAUGCUGGCUAAGCAGACGGGGCUUACCAGGAGUCAGGUGUCCAAUUGGUUCAUCAAUGCUCGAGUCCGCCUCUGGAAGCCAAUGGUCGAGGAAAUGUACAUGGAGGAAAUGAAAGAGCAUGAGAAGAACGGCACAGACAACAAUAACGACAACAACAACAACAAGACAAGCAAAAUCGAGCACUCGAACAACGACGAUCCAACCUCAAAAACUCCAAACCAGAACCCCCCCAAGAAGCUCCGCUUCGGGCCCAACAUGGACAUCAUCAAUAAGCCAGCUGACGAGACACGGGCCAGGGACAGGGCCGGGUUCGGGCUGAUGGGAGGGCCCACCAACUUCAUCGGCGGGUUUGGGGCAUAUCCAAUGGGGGAGCUCGGGAGAUUCGGGCCCGAGCAGCAACCGUUCCACGGAGGAGGUGGGCCUUAUCCGGGCAAUGGGGUCUCACUAACAUUGGGCCUCCCGAACAUUGGGGCCCACCAGACAUUUAUGCAGCCGGGCGGGCAGGGCAUGCAGAUGGGGGAGGCAGGUGACUUUGGGCAGACGAGCACAAACGUGUACGAGAGCAUAAGCAUUCAGGACAGGAAGAGGUUCGCGGCCCAGCUGUUGCCCGACUUUGUGGCUUGA